UGCAAACUCCGACCGCCUCUCUCAGUCAUGCGCCUCGGCUUUUAAAGGACUCCCCGCUACUGCUGCUGCUGGUUCUGGUUCUGCUGGGCAGCAGGGAUUUAUUUCAAAAGUGAAGAAGAGUUGGACCGAGCAGUGAGGAAGAGGAGGAUACUUUUCCAGGUUACCGGAUCGCGCUGCAUUCCAACCCCGGAGCGCAGCGCUCAGGAUUCGGACCCGGCGCGCUGCGUCUCUCCGCUCCUGAUCUCUUUCAUUCUUAUUUUAUUUUUCUAUAUAUAUAUUAAUACAUUCGCUUCUUCUGGCUCUGUUGGAUCUCUGCAGCGAUGACGCACAAAGGGAAUCGCUUUUAUUUCUAACUAGAAACGGUUAAAAGCGCAGAGGGGGGUUUCUCCUCCGGAGUGGAUCUGGAUUUCUCGCCCGCUGCAGGUCCGACCAUGAGCGCCGGAUGGUGGGUGUUUGUUGGCGCUUUGGUGGGGGUCCUCACCGUCCCCAACGCGGCACACGGAGCUUGUCUCUAUCAGGGAUCGCUCUACGCGAACAACACAUCAUGGCGGCCCGAGGCGUGUCAGGAGUGUAGCUGCUACAGCGAUGUUUCCAUCUGCAGGCCGGUCCGCUGCCCAAACCCCCAGUGUGACUUCCAAAGGGGUGAAUUUCUGAGGAUUCCUGCCAACAAGUGCUGUCCAGAGUGCGUCUCCUCAUCCCAGGACUCCUGCCAGUACGAAGGAGUUACUUAUGGGCACGACAGCCAGUGGAGUCUCUCUCCCUGUUCGGUGUGUGUUUGCUCUAAAGGGAGUGUGUCCUGCCAUGCCCGGCCCUGCCCCCAGCUCACCUGUUCACCGGACCAGAACCCGUUUAUCCCAACUGGGGAUUGCUGCCCCAAGUGUGGCAGUAAUGGAGAGUCUUGCUCCUGGCAGGGGAUGGUCUACAGGGACGGAGAGGAGUGGGAGCCCGGCUUGUGUACCAGAUGUGUGUGCAGCAGUGGGAACGCCCAGUGUUCGGUGGUGGAGUGUCAGCAAGUGGCCUGCAGACCACAUGAGAACCUGGUGAUCCAGCCAGGCCACUGCUGUCCACAGUGUGUGUCCAACCCGUGUCUCUCUGCUGGAACACAGUACCAGCAUGGGGAGCAGUGGCAGAAGGACGCCUGCACCACAUGUGUGUGCGACCGGGGUCAGUCGAAAUGUCACACAGACACCUGUCAGCCAGCUGUCUGCGACAAGGGUCUGACCAAAGUGAGGCGCGCCGGUCGGUGCUGCGACGAAUGUGCCCCCGCCAAAGGAAGCUGCCUGUACCAGGGCGAGGUCCGUUAUCAUGGAGACAUGUGGAACGGCACGAGGUGCGAGUUCUGCGCCUGUCACCGCGGUCAAGUGGUCUGUCGGAAGGCCGAAUGCGGCCAUGUUGGAUGUCCACCGGACGCAGAGCUUGUUCAUCUGCCGGGAAAAUGUUGCCCAGAAUGUUCUUCGGUGAAGCCUUCCUGUCUCUAUGAGGGGAAAUCGUUCAAGAACACCUUAAAAGUCACGAUGACUUGCUAUCUGCGCUCCUGCCCCACUUGCCCACCAGGAACUCUGGCUGUCAAAAAGGAAGGCCGAUGCUGCCCCGAGUGUCAGCAGGCUCAGUGCCAUGGAGACUGCCUCUCCUGUUUGGGGACUCCGGACCGCUGUGAGAGCUGCAGAGACCCCAAAGCUUUCCUCCAUCUUGGUCGAUGUCUGUCCGUCUGUCCGGAGGGCUACGCCGCUGAGGGACAAGUGUGUGCAGCCUGCCCAGAGUCCUGUGCCACCUGUUCCAGUCGGUGGGAUUGCCAAUCCUGUGAUUCCCAGUUGCCGUUACUGGGCCCAGACAGAGACCAGUGCUUGGAUUCCUGUCCUGCUGGUUCCUACCAGCACGACAACGCACACUGUCGCCGUUGCCACGCGUCGUGUUCUGAAUGCCGCGGCCCGACGCAGCAGGACUGCCUGUCAUGUUCCGAUCAGGCCGAUUUGCUCAAAGACGGAGCUUGUGUCUCCGAAUGCGGCGCAGGAUACUACAGCCAGGAAGGAAUCUGUUACGCUUGCGAUUCAUCCUGCGCCUCCUGUUUCCCUGACAACCCCAAAUGUAUGAGCUGCCCCGCCGGGACCGCUUUGCAUCAUGGGAAGUGUGUUACUCAGUGUCCGGCGCAGCAUUACAUGGACAGCCGCAGCAGAUGCAGAGCCUGCCACAUGUCCUGCGCUUCCUGCUGGGGCCCGUCGGUGGCGCAGUGCACUUCCUGUUCAGCGGGUCUUCUGCUCCACCAGGGCCAAUGUGUGGAGGACUGCGGCGACGGCCUGUACCCUCAGGACAGCAGCUGCCACAACUGUCAUCCGUCCUGCCGGUCCUGUGUCGGGCCGCUCGCCUCAGACUGCCGCCGCUGCCUGAAGCCAGAGGAGGUUUUCCUGCCGCAGGAUUUUCUCCUCCAGCGUGGCGUCUGCGCAGGCGCGUGUCCCGCUCACAGCUUUCUGGACGGCCUGCAGACGUGCAGAGAUUGCCAUGCGUCCUGUUUGCGCUGCACCGGCCCGUCGGAGGCAGACUGCUCCUCCUGUCCGUCGCCGUCCGGCCUGUUUGAGGGUCGCUGCGUUCACACAUGCCCACAGGGCUUCUUCACCCGGGACGGCCAAUGCCAAGCAUGUCAUCCGACGUGCCAGACCUGCUCCGGCCCCUCUGAGGCGGACUGCACCUCCUGUCCCCCAGGGGGCGCCCUGCAGAGCGGCUACUGCGCCACGGGCUGCCAGGAGGGCCGCUUCCUCAGCGCCGUCACCGCAGAGUGCCUCAAGUGCAGCUCCGACUGCCAGCGCUGCACGGCGGACCUCCAGACCGGCGUUGGCAGCGUGUGCCUGUGGUGCAAAGCGGCGAGGACUUGGCUGCUUGGCGAUCACUGCGUCUCUUUCUGCCCCUCCGAUCAUUAUGCGUGGCACGGAGCCUGCAUCAAAUGCCAUCCUUCAUGUGAGUCCUGCAGUGGGGCGGGGCCUUUGUCCUGUACUUCCUGUCCCACCAAAAGCGUCCUGUUGCCCUCUGGCCUCUGCUCUGCCAGAUGCCCCGUUGGCUACUAUGAUAACGGUCAUCGGGUCUGUCAAGCCUGUGACAGACAGUGCCUGACAUGCGACACCGCUGGGGUUUGUACGUCCUGCCGUGACCCGACCAAGGUGCUGCUCUUCGGAGAAUGUCAGUACGACAGCUGCGCCCAUCAGUACUACCUCAACGCGACGACCCGCGCCUGCAGAGAGUGUGACUGGAGCUGCAACGCCUGUAAAGGCCCUCUGCGAACCGACUGCCUGCAGUGCAUGGAGGGAUACGUGCUGCAGGACGGCGUGUGCGCCCAGGGCUGCUCCGUCGGAUCUUAUCAGGAUGGAGACAGAUGCUUCAGUUGUGACGAUCACUGUGUGAAGUGCAACAGUCCUGGAAAAUGUCUGGAAUGCCAGCCUCCCUACGCCACUCUGCAGGGACAGUGUGUCCUUCAGUGUGGCAGAAAUUAUUACCUGGAUUCAUCAUCGCAAGUCUGCAAGUCUUGCUCCUCGGACUGCGUCCAGUGCGACGGUGUUGGACGCUGCUUAGUGUGUCGUGACCAGACGUUCCUUAUGGAAGGCUACUGCACCCCCGACUGUGGACAUGGAUAUUAUGCCGAUCAAAAGACGAGAACCUGCCAUGUGAACCACCACAGCCCUGUCCUCCACAUCAACGGGUCCCUGCUGGUUCCCAUCGGAGGCUCCGUCCCUCUGCUGCCUUCGCUGAUGGAGGUCAGGGACCCCGACGGUUCUUCUGGGUGGAUGAUCUUCCAGCUUGUUCAGGAACCAAACAACGGCCGUCUGGUCCUGUUAACAGAGGAGGAAGAAAAUGGAGGGAAAACGAGGCGAGAGCUACGCAAAGACGACACCUUCACGUGGGCACAGCUGAAGCGUGGUCGGGUCCAUUUCACACACCUGAAAAACAAAGCCAGGACUGGUGAGUUCACCUUACGGGCCGCUGACCCCCAGAUGUUUUCUCAGCCGGCUGCAGUUCAGGUUCAUGCAGUGUCCACAGAGCCCCCGAGAGUGGUGACCCUCGCUCCGUUGACCUUAGAGGAGCCCGGCGGCCUGGCCGCUGUCACCAAGUCGGUGCUGCAUAUCAACGACCCCGACAACCCCGCCGACGUCCUGGUCAUGGUCCUCGAACCGCCCCGCCACGGCCAGCUGACCCGGCUCCAUGGCGAGCGUGCCCUCGGCAGAUUCAAGCUGGAGGAGCUCUCCAGGGAGCAGAUCCAGUACGUCCACGACGGCUCGGCGGCGACGGAGGACGGCGCAGUGCUGCAGGUGAAUGACGGCCACAGCUACAGGAACGUCCUGCUCCAGGUCCGGAUAGUCCAGAAGCCUCAGGAUUCUCCUCAUCUGGUGUCCCUGCCGAUGACCUGGGUGAAGGAGGGAGGCUCGGUGCGGCUCGAUAAGAAGUACCUGCAGACAGACGUUAAAGGAGUCGGCUCCGACGACAUCGUCUACACCAUCCUGGCCUCAGAGGGGCAACCCAAAUAUGGGGAGGUGGUGCUUGUGUCCAUGCCAGCUGACAGCCCACCAGAAGGCUGGCAUCCCUCCCUAAUCGACGACCAGCGCUUCACGCCGACGGCGUCUUUCACCCAGCAGGACGUGAACGACGGCACCGUCUGGUACCGCCACUUCGGCUCCAGCUACGACAGCGACUCCUUCCGGUUCCAGGUUUCCUCGGAUGUUUCUCCUCUCAUUCAGAGCGAUGCCCAGACGUUCACCAUCGGCGUUUUACCUCAGACGCCGGGAUUCCCACAGCUGGCCCCGGACUGCGACCUGCAGAUCACCGCUCUGGAGGAUCAUGUGACAGAAAUAACGCCUUCAGCUCUCUCCUUCAUCGAUUCUGGGACUCCGAGCGAAAAGCUCGUCUAUAACGUCACCAAACCUCUCUUACCGGGACAAGGACUCGUCGAGCAUCGGGACAGGCCGUACAAGGCAGUGCAACAUUUCACGCAGGCUGACGUCAACAACGGAAAGAUAAUCUACAGACCGCCACCGGCGCCGUCCCACCUGCAGGAGCUCUACCAGUACUCCUUUACUGGCCUGCCGGAGUCUCUGAGCGUUUAUUUCACAGUGUCGGACGGCGAACACACCACUCCUGAGCUGGACUUUGUGAUCCUGCUGCUGCCGAACCACCAGCAGCCACCGGUGUUUCAGGUCCUGGACCCGCUGCUGGAAGUCCAACUGGGGGGACAAGCUGCAAUCGGAGGUCAGCAGCUGGCGGUGAGCGACGCCGACACGGCGCCAGACGACCUGGAGUUCGAGCUGGUUGACGCUCCCAUCCAUGGAGAGCUGAUGAGGACGGACGACAACGUCCGCAUGAGUAACGGCGACACUUUCUCCUUCGCCGACGUCACUCACAGAGUCCUGCUCUACCGGCACGCCGGCCUCUCCGCCCAGGACGACGCCAUGUCCUUCUCGGUCAGUGACGGCAUCUCCAUGGCAACCACGGUGGUGCAGGUGACGGUGCUGGACGGGGCGGGCGACGGGCCGCGGCGCGACCCGGCGGCGACGCUGUCACUGGAAGUGGGCGAGAAAAGCAGCACAGUCAUCAGACGCUCACACCUGGCCUACACGGACAACACGUCCCUCGAUGACCAGAUCCACAUCCAGCUGGUGUCGGUGCCGAUGUACGGCGUCCUGACCAGGACUUCCUCCCAGCAGGAGCCGCAGGAGCUCAGGGAGUAUUCCUCCUUCAGCCAGGAGGACGUCAACCUGCACAGGAUCAGGUACGUCACGUCACUGGAGACCGGAAGCCAGCCGGUGACGGACGUCUUCCAUUUUGUUGUUCACGACAAAGACAGCAAUCGCCUUGACAACCAGAUGUGCACAAUCACCAUCACCGCCACACCCAGACAGCCGCCGGUGGUCACUGUGCAAGGCGGCAUCAAGGUCCAGGAAGGCGGCCGGGUUCUGCUGUCAACCAAUCACAUCACAGUAUCGGACGUGGAAACGCCGUCCAGCGAGCUGCAGGUUUGGCUCGCCAGCCCUCCCAAAUACGGCUUCAUCGAAAAUACACAAAGAGGUGGCUCAGUGGGCGUCGCGCGCGCCUUGACUCCAGAUGUUCCUUUCUCUGUGGAGGAUUUGGUUUCUGAUCACGUCUUCUACGUCCAGGACAGCCAGCAAAUGGCCAGCCAGGAUUUCUUCAGCUUCUACAUCAGCGACGGAUACAGCCAGACGGAGACGUUCACUGUGGAGAUCGACAUCCAGAGUAAAAUCGACUCUGAGUUGACGGUUUCCGUCAGCAGCGUCCACAUUGAGGAAAACUCCGGCGUCGUCGUCACCAACUCGUCUCUCAGCGUUCACGACGGCGACACGCCGGAAAACGAACUCGUCUUCACCGUCGUCAGGAUCCCAACCUACGGGAAACUUCGCCGGCGGCAGUUCUACUCUCAGCCACUGGAAAACGGGCGCGUCCUCACGCAGGGAUCCACCUUCACCUACCAGGACGUUCUGGACCGGCUGCUGGUCUACAUGCCCGAAACCGUCAGCGGUGGAGCCGAUGAAAUGGGCUUCACCCUCACCGACGGCACGCAGACCCAGACGGGCCUGCUGCGGUUCACCAUGGACGUCAGGAAGAACGAGGGGCCGCGAAUGACCGUCAACAGAGGCCUGCAGCUUCCUGCAGGAACUUCGUCUAAACUCUCAGAGCAGAACCUGAAGGGCUCAGACAUCGACUCGGACAACCUGAAGCUGCGUUACAUCCUGACCAAAGACCCGCCGGCGGGGAAACUGCAGCUGUACCGCGGCGGCCACGUGGAGAAGGUUUCUGUCAAAGGUCCGGUUCAGAGCUUCACUCAGGACGACGUCAACAAAGGCCUGCUGCGGUACAGCCAUGAGAAAGGCGAGAAAGGAGGCAGCUUGUCUUUCAAGUUCAACCUGGUCGAUCCCGAGGGCAACAAACUGAUCGACCAGUCGUUCUUCAUCAGCGUUCUCGAGGAUCAUCUUCCUCCCUCUGUGGUGGCCAACAAAGGCUUGGUGCUGGAUGAAAACUCGGUGAAGAAGCUGACAACGCUGCAGCUGUCAGCCAGCGACCAGGACAGCGAACCGGGCGAACUCGUCUACCGGAUCACCAAGCAGACGAGCCUGGGGCAGCUGGAGCAUGUUACCAACCCCGGAACCAGAAUCAGUUCCUUCACUCAGGCUGAUCUGGCGUCUCGCAGCAUCCAGUACGUCCAUACCAGCGAAGAAGAAAAGCACGCCGACCAGUUCUCCUUCACCGUGUCCGACGGGACAAACGAGGUUGCUCAGACUUUCUACAUCUCCAUAAAGCCGGUGGACGACUCGCUGCCGCUGCUGCAGGUUCCUGGCAUGAGAGUCCAGGAGGGCGUGAGGAAAACCAUCACCGAGUUUGAGCUGAAAGCCACAGAUGCAGACACUGAGGCGGAGUUCGUCGUCUUCACCGUCGUCCAGCCUCCCCGCCACGGGACCAUCGAGCGCAGCAGCAACGGCCAGCACUACCGGCAGACCGGCACCUUCACCAUGGAUGACAUCUACCAGAACCGCAUCAGCUACAACCACGACGGCUCCAACUCGCUCAAAGACCGCUUCACCUUCACCGUGGCCGACGGCACCAACGUCUUCUUCAUGGUGGAGGAGGCCAACAAGGAGAUUGUGACAGCUGCUCCUCAGAAGUUUAAAAUCGACAUUCUUCCGGUUGACGAUGGAACGCCGCGGAUCGUCACCAACUUGGGAUUGCAGUGGCUGGAAUACAUGAACAACAAGGCCACCAAUUUAAUCACAAAGAAAGAGCUGCUGACGAUGGACCCGGACACCGACGACGGACAGCUGGUGUAUGAAAUCACAGCAGAGCCCAAACACGGAUUCCUGGAGAGCAAGCUCAAACCUGGCAACCCUGUCACCACGUUCACACAAGCUGAUAUCAAUCUGGGUCUGAUCCGCUACGUGCUGCGUCAGGAGAACAUCCAGGAAACCAUGGACACCUUCAAGUUUCUGGUGAAAGACAGCAAACCCAACGUGGUCAGCGACAACCUCUUCCACAUCCAGUGGUCUCUGAUCAGCUUUGAGCACAAGAGCUACAACGUGAGCGAGAAAGCCGGAACCGUAGCCGUGACGGUGAAGCGAAGCGGGAACCUCAACCAGUACGCCAUCGUCCUCUGUCGCACCGAACAGGGCAGCGCCGUUUCCACCAGCAGCAUCGGAACUCGACCCGAACAGCAGGACUAUGUGGAAUACGCUGGACAGGUCCAGUUUGACGAACGCGAAGACACCAAGGUUUGCACCAUAGUAAUCAACGACGACAAGGUGUUUGAGGGGAUGGAGAGCUUCCAUGUGGAGCUCAGCAUGCCGGUGUACGCGCUGCUCGGGGCAAACACGCGCGCCGUCGUCAACAUCAACGACACGGAGGACGAGCCAACUCUCCAGUUUGACAAGAAGACUUAUCACGUCAAUGAAAGCAGCGGCUUCUUCAGCGCCCCCAUCGAGAGGAAAGGCGACGCCUCCAGCACCGUGUCGGCUCUCUGCUACACCGUCUCCAAGUCGGCGAAGGGCAGCAGCCUCCACGCCCUGGAGUCCGGCUCCGACUACAAGAGCCGCGGCAUGAGCAGCGACAACCGCGUCAUCUUUGGUCCCGGCGUCAGCAUGUCCACCUGCGACGUGAAGCUCAUCGAUGACAGCGAGUACGAACUGUCCGAGGAGUUCGAGCUGGUGCUGUCGGACGCCUCCGACAACGCCCGCACGGGCCACGUGUCGUCGGCCAAGGUCGUCAUCGACGGACCCAACGAUGCGUCGACUGUGACGCUUGGAAAUGCGACCUUUACGUUCAGUGAAGAUGCUGGAACCAUAGAGAUACCGGUGUUGCGCCAGGGAAGCGACUUGUCCUCUGUGACGUCUGUGUGGUGCGCUACCAGACCUCUGGACCCGCCAUCAGCCAUUCCAGGAGUCGACUACAUCCCCAGCUCCAAGAAGGUGGAGUUCAAACCUGGGAAGACUGAGGAGACCUGCAGUUUGACCAUCAUGGACGACAUUCAGAACCCGUCCAUUGAAGGUCCGGAGUCCUUCAUUAUCUUCCUCAGUUCUCCGCAGGGGGCGGUGCUUCAGGAACCCUACGAAGCCAACAUCGUCAUCACCGACACCUUCCAGGACAUUCCCACCAUGCAGUUUGACAAAACCUCGUACACCGUGAAGGAGAAAGACACCGUCCUCCAUGUCCCCGUCAUCCGGACCGGAGACCUGUCCUUCAAGUCGUCAGUGCGGUGUUUCACUCGGACCAUGUCUGCCAUGGUGAUGGAUGACUUUGUGGAGAGGAGGAACGCUGAUGAAUCCCGAAUCACUUUCCUCAAAGGAGAGAAGGUGAAGAACUGCACGGUUCACAUCAACGACGACUCUGUUUUCGAGCCUGAGGAGGAAUUCCAGCUCCAUCUUGGAACGCCGCAGGGUGACCACUGGAGCGGUGCAAUGAUUGGAGCCAAUGACAUCGUGACGAUCACCAUCACUAAUGAUGAGGAUGCUCCCACCAUCGAGUUUGAACAGGCGUCCUACCAGGUCAGAGAGCCUCCCGGUCCAGACGGCGUGGAGGCGCUCAACAUCAAGGUGAUCCGCCACGGAGACCUGGACCGAACCUCCAAGAUCCGCUGCAGCACCAGGGAUGGAUCGGCCCAGUCUGGAGUGGACUACAAUCCCAACAGUCGGGUCCUGAAGUUCACGCCUGGAAUGGACCACCUCAUGUUCAAGGUGGAGAUUCUGUCUAAUGAAGACCGAGAGUGGCAUGAAUCCUUCUCCCUGGUCCUUGGUCCUGAUGAUCCGGUGGAGGCCGUGCUCGGUGAAAUCACCACAGCGACGGUGACGAUUCUGGACCAGGAGGCUGCAGGCAGCCUCAUCCUCCCCGCCCCGCCUAUAGUGGUUUCACUGGCCGACUAUAAUCACGUCCAGGAAGUGACCAAAGAAGGCAGCAAGAAAACUCCCUCUCCUGGCUACCCUCUGGUCUGUGUGACCCCCUGUGACCCACACUACCCGAAGUACUCCGUGAUGAAGGAGCACUGUGAGGAGGCGGGAAUCAACCAGACACAGGUUCACUUCUCCUGGGAGGUGGCGGCUCCCACCGACUCCAGCGGAGCGCGCUCUCCAUUUGAGACGGUGACGGACACAACGCCGUACACCAGCGUCAACCACAAGGUUCUGGACAGCAUUUACUUCAGCCGUCGCUUCCACGUCCGCUGUGUGGCUCAGGCCCGGGAUAAAGCCGGCCACCUGGGAACGCCGCUGCGGAGCAACAUCAUCACCAUCGGCACAGACGGCUCCAUCUGCCACACCCCUGUUACCACUGGGACCGCCAGAGGCUUCCAGGCCCAGUCCUUCGUCGCCACGCUUAAAUACCUGGAUGUGAAGCACAAAGAGCACCCCAACCGCAUCCACAUCUCAGUCCAAAUCCCACAUCAGGACGGCAUGCUGCCGCUUGUGUCCACCAUGCCGCUGCACAACCUGCACUUCCUGCUGUCGGAGUCAAUCUACAGGCAGCAGCACGUCUGCUCCAACCUGGUCACCAUCAAAGAGCUGCAGGGCAUUUCUGAGUCUGGCUUCCUGGAAGACGUUUCCUACGACAGCAUCUCUCUCGGUCCAGGCUAUGACCGCCCCUACCAGUUUAACCCCAACGUCCGAGAGGCCAAGAGCAUCCAGCUCUACAAGCACCUGAACCUGAAGAGCUGCAUCUGGACCUUUGACGCCUACUACGACAUGACCGAGCUCAUCGACGUCUGCGGCGGCUCCGUCACCGCUGAUUUCCAGGUUCGGGACUCGGCUCAAUCCUUCCUGACUGUGCAGGUUCCUCUCUAUGUUUCCUACAUCUACGUGACGGCGCCUAGAGGCUGGGCCUCUCUGGAGCAUCACACCGAGAUGGAGUUCUCCUUCUUCUACGAUACAGUGCUCUGGAGGACAGGGAUCCAGACUGACAGCGUCCUUUCAGCCAGACUGCAGAUCAUCAGGAUCUUUAUCAGAGAGGACGGCCGUCUUGUGAUUGAGUUCAAAACUCACGCCAAAUUCAGAGGUCAGUUUGUUCUGGAUCACCACACUCUGCCGGGUCACAAAUCUCGCCUGAUGGCCCCAGACCACCUGGGGGGCAUCGAGUUCGACAUGCAGCUUCUGUGGAGCGCACAGACCUUCGACUCGCCGUAUCAGCUGUGGAGGGCCACCAGCUCCUACAGCAGGAAGGACUACUCUGGGGAGUACACCGUCUUCUUGAUCCCGUGCACCGUUCAGCCGACCCAGCCCUGGAUUGACCCGGGAGAUAAACCUCUGUCCUGCACGGCUCACGCUCCAGAGAAGUUCCUGGUUCCGAUCGCCUUCCAGCAGACCAACCGGCCCGUUCCGGUUGUUUACUCCCUCAACACGGAGUUCCAGCUGUGCAACAAUGAGAAGGUUUUCCUGCUGGAUCCGGCCUCCGCCGACGUCUCCAUGGCUGAGAUGGAUUACAAGGGAGCCUUCUCCAUGGGUCAGACUCUGUACGGCAGAGUGCUGUGGAACCCGGAGCAGAACCUGAACGCAGCAUACAAGCUGCAGCUGGAGAAGGUUUACCUGUGCACGGGGCGGGACGGCUACGUUCCCUUCUUCGAUCCCACUGGGACCCUGUACAACGAGGGGCCGCAGUACGGCUGCAUCCAACCCAACAAACAUCUCAAACAUCGCUUCCUGCUGCUGGAUCGUAAACAGCCGGACGUAUGCCACAAGUUUUUUCACGACGUUCCGUUCGAGGCCGAUUUUGCCUCCGACGUCCCAGAGCUGCAGGCCAUGGCGGCCAUGCCGGGCGUCGACGGCUUCACCAUGAAGGUCGACGCUCUUUACAAGGUGGAGGCGGGCCACCAGUGGUACCUGCAGGUGAUCUACGUCAUUGGCCCAGAGUCGCGCUCCAGCCCCAGGAUUCAGCGCUCGCUGACGUAUCAGGUGAGCCGCUCCAAACGCGACCUGGUGGACCGCAGCGGGCGUCUGACGCUCGACGAGUCGCUCAUCUACGACAACGAGGGCGACCAGGUGAAGAACGGCACCAACAUGAAGUCGCUGCGCCUGGAGGCCGGCCCGUCCGCCACCUUCAACGCCCACGUGGGCAGCUCGGUGGGCGGGGGCGUGGCCGCCAUCACCCUGCUGGUGCUGGCGCUGCUGGCUUCCUGCUUCCUGUUCCGCCGCUGCAGGCGGUCGGUCAAGAAGGUGACGAAGACUCCGAAGGCCUACGAGGAGUACCCGCUCAACACCAAGGUGGAGGUGUGCAUGGACAAGUGCGUGGAGAAGAACUUCGGCACGAAGCACUGCAUCGUGAGGAACGUCAACAUCAACCGCAACCAGGAGCCCAACGGCAAAGUGAAGCAGGUCAACCUGGAGGUCAAAAUCCACAACAACCUCGGCGACGGCACCGAGGUCUGAAAAACUCGCUGCGUUUCCGUUGGCUUCUUUUCUGUCACAAAUGUGAGCAAAACUUUGUCAAUAUUCCACUAAUACCGAAAAAACACAAUUAUGCAGUUGCAGUGUUUCUGUUAAAUAUGAAAUGCAAUUAAAAAGUUUCUUAUUGAGACAAUUCAUCAGAAAAAAGACAUGCCACGCAUGACUGCCCAACUACAUCCUGCCGUCGUCUUCCUCAUGGUUUUUUUUUUCAGCCUUAUUGACAUCGGUGUAUUUCGUAAAACCAUAACAAAAACAUGUUCUUUGCAUCACUGCGAGUCAUAUGAUCAACAGCCAGAUGUUACUACUGGCAAAAACUACAAAGAAGAUGACAGGAAGUAGUUGAAGGAUAAUUGAGCAGCAUGUUUUUAAUGACUUCAUGUGUGAACAAACUUACUCAAAUGAGAUUUUAAUUUUGUUUUCGAUGUAAUGGAAACGCUGUCAUCGCAAAAUGUUUUUUUUUAAAUUAGAAGAAUAUUGACAAAGUUUUGCACACAUUUGUAAUGGAAACGCAGCUACUGGCAAAGGACAACAAAACAGCAUCAAAAUUGGUAUUUUCUAAACUGAAAAUUUGUACUUAAAGGAAUGUUUUGUUUAUGUAUUUUUAUACCACUUUGAGAAAAAAAAAAGGGAAACGUGUGACGAUCAGCCAACUGGGCUACCUCAGGAAUCCACAAACUGCUCAGCUGCGUCUGAUUUCCAUCUUUAUUUCUCUUUUCAAUCGACAUUCAUCUCGGUUUCAUCACCGAAAGGUGAACAGUAGCUCAGACACUGACGAUUUCUAUCUGCUGCAUCGUUUCAUUUCACUGCUGUACGAAGAGGCAGGCGAGGAAAAAUGUCCUCCUUUCAUGCAUCUUUACCACGUAUGUCACACACAAUCAUCCUGCAGGCGAAUUAACUGGACAACCUGUCCACCUGCAGAAGUUGCUUAAAUAUAAAGCACAAACAAAGCUGCUUUUGUUGCAGGCUGAGUGAGUGCAAAUAAAAAUUUAAUGAUGCCUUCAAGUGCAAUUAUGUCACAACUUCAGUUCGUCUUUUCUUCAGGAUGGAAGAGCUUUGACUUUUUUAAUUAAAAAGCAUUUUAAGCCUUGAUUACACCCGUUUUACACUGGAUUAAUGAUAGGUCAUAUCUCACCUGUAUGACCUAUCAUGAUUUGAACACAAUCUAUUUCUGUAAUAAGGACAUAUUUUCUUUUUUAUUAUAUCUAUUGUGCAGAAUUAUGCAUUUUGCACCUUCCAUUUGGGUUUCUAUGGCUUCUAAAAACAAAGUGCUUAAUAAAAAAUAAAUAAAAAAAACAUCCAGCCGUUUUAAUUCUAAAUAUAAUAUAAAAUAACUAAUAAAGCCCCCCUAUAAGUUUUUAUAAACUGAAAAUAUAAAGUAAGCUAAAUAAAAAUGAGGGAAAAAACUAAAUAGUUUAAUCUCCAAAAAUGUUAAAAUUGAAUAUUUUUAUUUUCAUUCUCAUUUCAGAAUGUGAAACAUUAUACAGAUUUAUUGCACAUACAAUGAAAUCCACACAAUUAUUCAUGAUUUGAAACGCCAAAAUUGGAUUAUUACCUAACAUGUUGAUAUCGUAAAGAAAAGUUGAAUCUGCUGAGUUAUUGUAGCCUGGACAAAACUAUUCUACUCUCUCCUUCAUCAACUCUAAUUUUUAUGAUAUUUAAUGUUGUAAUUUAAUAUAAAGCGCUCUCUGUUCUCACUAAAAAGCCAUUUAUUUUAUCAACUAGUUUGGUGUUUAUCCGCUGUAAAAGGGGGUUAAAGAAUUGUACUUACUGCCAUUUUGAACACAAUUUCUUCUUUUCAACACUUUUUAUUUCCGUGCUUGUACUGUAAUCCAAUCAGCUGCCGAUUUCUAAGUGCCAUGCAGUAUUUUUGCUCAUGAGACUGAGAACAGAUCGUCCAAAGUAUUUCAAUCGAAGAGCGUCGGAGUGUGACUGUAGGAAACCCGUUCACCCAAAUGACUGCUUCAGCCUUACUACUGUCAGAGUGAAAGUGAUCACUUUUUAAGAAACAUGUUUUUAUAAGAAUGAUGCGUCUGCCUGCCUUUGUUCGGCCCAAAGACUCACAGAUCUCAUUCUGUUUCUCCUCAUUCAUUUACGUUUCAUUCGUCUGAUUUGUUGCAUUGCAGCCCAGCCACUGAUGAUGUUUUUGACACUGGUUUGUAUUUAUCUAAUAACGCUACUUCUUUUUCAAAUGUGUGCCUAUAAAAACAUGAAAAUGGGGGAUUUGGGGAGAAAAAAAUAUAUAUUUUUGGUGCUAUAAUUUUUGGAAAACACAAUAAUAUCAGUAUGAUGCCUGUAUUUGGUGCCUUUUUUCGUAAUAAAAUAAAUGUAAAAUUAAAAA